UUCCCUGAGGCAAGGCUUCCUGUCAAAAGUGCGCGGUAAACUCGUCCCUCCAUUAUAUUGCCAGCGUGCACAGAAGUCGUUCAUGAGCUUUUAGGAAGAGUAGUACAAUGGCAGUUGUACAGCUACUUGGUUUAAGUAUGGAGGCAGGAUCUGGAGACAUUCGUGAAUUCUUCAGUGGUUUACAUAUACCUGAAGGUGGGGUACAUAUUACUGGUGGUAGUCUUGGAGAGGCAUUUAUAGUAUUUGCUGAAAAAGAAGAUGGCCAGCUUGCACUACAGAAGUCUGGGACUUUCCUCAAGGGGUCCCAUGUUGUCCUCUCUGUCAGCAGUGAAGCAGAACUUCGGCAGAAAAUGAUAUCCUGCCUGAAAAGGGAUGAUUCCUCAGGGGUGGGCCCUGACACUAAACUGAUAGAGACUCUGAUGGCAGCUAACAAGCCUGAAGUUAUUUUAGGCUUUUUACUCAGCUUGGUUUCAGAUGCUGGGAAGAUGCAGUUGAAGCAAGCAGCAGCACCAUCAGGGGAUUUGCUGGAAGUAACUAGUCAUAAUGGGAUCUCCCCUGCGCCUGAUACUGCCAGUGCCCCUCUGGGGAAGUGCCCAGUGGGGAAUCUGUCAACAGCAGCAUCAAGAACAUGUUAUUUAAGUAUCCGAGGACUUCCCCGCUCCGUCACCAAACAUGAAAUCUGCAAUUUCUUUAAAGGACUGAAGGUUAAAGAAGUCAUUAUCAACGCCCAAGUCGGGCAUGGCUAUCGUGGUUGUUUGGUUAAGUUUGCUAGUGAACAGGAGUCACAUGAAGGGUUGAAGUACAGCGGACGUAGUUUGGGGUCCUUUUGUGUUGAUGUGAAUAGGGCAACGGAAGGCACCUGGUUCACUGCAAUUGAUCAUUGUAAAAUGGCAUCAUACAAAAACCAAAAAGAUGCCCAGAGGGAAAUGCGUCUACUGGAUCAAUCACAAUCACGGCCUCCAAUGGAACAAACUUCAGACCCUCUGCCAAGUAAUGAGUACUGUGUCAUGAUACAAAACCUGAACCGCGUAACUACAAAAACAGAGAUUAAAGAUCUCUUUAAGUGUGCAAAUGUUCCCAACAACAGGUUGUUACAUUUGCUUGACAAUUGGGGCCGCAGAACAGACACAGCAUUCAUCUUAUUUGACAAAAAGGAGGAUUGCAUAUCUGCUCUGGAUCUUGACAGGUACAAUUUUUGCUCUCGGAUUUUAAGUGUGUCUGUUGUCUCAAAGGAAGAGAUGAGGGCAAUGAUGAAGAGACAUAAAUCAAUUCCCAGCACAGUUGCUAAGAAGUCUCGAAUUGAAAGACUGAAAGAGGAACCUUCUUGCAUAUAUGUAAGAAACCUUCCCUCUGAUGUUCGAAAAAUUCAGAUAAAGGAUUUUUUCGGAAAGUUUCAAAUUUCAGAAGAUUGCAUCUAUCUGCUGUCUGAUAAUCGGGGGGUUGGACUUGGUGAAGCUGUAGUGAUGUUUGAGUCAGUGCAGUCCGCCAAAUUGGCUGAGCAGCAGAAUGGUAAGAACUUUCUUGGGGCCCCCCUGAUUCUGACCCUAAUAACCACGCAGCAGGUGAAGGGCCUGUUAAAUGGGAAUCGGUGAGGAGGAUGUGUAUCUUUCUGUCCUUACGCCCUUACUUUAUGGAAUUCUUUAUGUAGACAGUGACCUACUGUAAUUCCAUAAAUACAUUUCGACAAAUCAUCUUGACAUCAUGUUCUGUUCAUGGAUUUCUUAUUUUUUUGGCAGGAAAAUGACCUACAGUAACUCAGUUAACACAUUUUGAUGUAUCUUUUUCAUCUUAGUCUUUAUGGAAUUCUUUUUAUAGAAAGUAACCUACAAUAACUCCAUUUCUACAUUUGAAUGUAUCGUUAUUUUUCACAUUGCGUUCUUUCUUUAUGGAACUCGUUUUAAUGAUGUGACCUUCAGCAGCUCCAUUUAUACGUUUAGAUAUUCUGCUGAAUCUUGACAAUAAAAAGUACCUCCAAAAAGUAAACCUUUCAGUAUCGUGGAAAAUCCUUUUCUUUAAGAACUGGCUUUUCAGGAAAGGAGAUAAUUCGAUCAGGAAUCUUUCAACCUUUGUGUAAAGGAGCAUAUUAGUUUAAUUCAUGCCAUUGAGAUGAAUAUGUUUGUGUAUCACAAUGCCCAUUUUUUUGUAGUUGAAAUAAAAUAUGAAUAAAUGUCCUUCAGAGUUUUAAAUUGUA